UGAAAUCACUGAACAAGGUGAAUGGGAGAUUUCUACAUGGACAACAGCUCACAGGAAGACAGCUGUGAUUCCAGCAACAUCACCUCCUCCAUCGUGUGUGUGUGUGCUGACAUGCGUGAUAGUUGCCAUCAGCCUUCCUCGGACCCUCGGAGGCCAUCUAUGCUGUUCAUUCUCUGAAGAGGAGGAGCAGAUUAACAGGAUCCUGCUGCAUGUUGUCUCUUGACAGACUGACUACAGACUGUAUGCUGAGGACAAAACAGACAUUUGUGCAGGGAACUCAUUCAGGUGGAGGCUUUCAGCAAGAAAAGAGGAAUGGAAGAUUUCCACAUCAACAACACCUCGUUGGACAAAACCUUUGAUUAUGACUACGAUUCCAGCAACAUCACUUAUCUGACUCUCUAUGACCCUCAUGGAGAAGUCCAUCCCAUGUUUGUGGUGUCAUGCAUAAUAACUGCUGUCGGCCUUCCUUUGACCCUCAUGUCCAUCUGUGCUGUUUAUUCUCUGGUGAGAAAGGAUCAUGUUGGUCCGAUCUACGUCAUCAACCUUCUAAUUUCAGACCUCAUUCAGUACUGCUGCUUGAUCCUUCUGAUGACAGGAAGUGAUCAUAUGAUGCUUUUAUUUGUAUUUUAUAUCUACUGUAGUAGUCUGAACGUCAGGGUUGGCUUCAUGGUGUGCAUCGCCCUGGAAAGGUAUCUGCUCAUCGCCUGUCCACUGUGGUAUCGCUUCAGACACACCAUCAAGUUCUCUGUUGUUCUCUGUGUUAUGGUCUGGGUCCUUUUUCCUGGUGGUGUCCUCACACUUUGGGCGCUGCAGGAUGUUUUUAUCACACAAAUCAUUGUAGGGACAUUCCUCCUCCUCCCCCUCCCACUGCUCAUCUUCUUCCUGGGUGGGACCAUCAGAGCUCUGUCUGCCAGUCGUGUCCCCUCUGAUGAAAAACGAAGAAUUGUUGGAGUUUUGGUCCUGGUGCUGCUUAUUUACACACUGCUGUUUCUGCCAGCCAUCAUUUGGUUCAUGGCAGAUAUGUACAUUCCCCACCUCCUAAACCUCACUCUUGUGUUUGUCCAGUUGAGUCCCCUUGCAGACUUAUUUCUGUAUGUUUUCAUGAGGAAAGGGACCAUAGACAAGCUUCUGGCCUCUGUCUGUUGCUGCAGAAUGGACAGCAAUGGCAGCAGCAUAAUGGACAGCAAUGACAUCACCAGUUCAACAGCAUGAAUGAUAUCAACAUCUUCACAGUUGGUUUCAUUCGGCAGAAAAAGAAGCGAGGUUGAUUCUGUCAUGUACUGAUGUGGUUUCCAAAAAGCUGCUUAACUGUAGACAAAAGGAAGCGUUGCUGUGACUCUGCUGUGGGAGAACUGGCUGCUGGGAAACGUUUUGGUGAACUUGUUCUGGUUCACUGUGAUGGCUCCAUAAAUGUAAAUACCUUGUUGAGUUGUUUCUGUUCCUGAAUCUUGUCAUGACUAAAUGUCUUUUCCUUUUUCAUUAUAUUGUUAUAAUAAGAUAAUAAGAGACAAAACUACACACUAUUUACCUUGAAGUUGUAUUCUUGGUGUUACGGUGGUAGAUAUGCUCGUCUUUAGGAUGGAGCAGCUGUUGUGUGCUUUCAAAAAAGAUGCAUCAUCUUGUAUCACUGCCUAUGUUAUACAUGAAACUGUGCAUGUUCUGGAUAUCUAAUUAAAAAUCUGUCUCUAUACAAAAA